CCGAGAACUCGUAAAGUCUCUCAACGGUAAGGCGAGUUUCCAUUCUCUGGUUUCAUAUGGAUACGUGAGACGUAGCGCGGCCGUGCGUUCUCACGACGCACUACCGCCAACGAACUUCGAUCGGAGGAUACCAAGGCUUGGAGCGACUAAACGAUCGACAUGCUGUCGGAGAGCAACGACGAAAGUGAUGAGUCCGCUGAAGCUCAAGUCAUCAGCGAAAGUGACGACUGGAACGGCAGCGAUACGUCCUCCGGAAGUGAUGACUCGUACGAAACUGACGAAAUGUAUCGUGCCAGGAAGCUGUAUCCCAUCAAGAAGGCGACCCUUCAACAGACUUCUUCGGGAAGAUCCCCACAAGGUGUUCCAGACGCAGGUACCAGCACGCUUUCUGUCAGCAAAAACACAGGGACAUCAUGUGAACCUCGCAAGCACAUGAUUAAGGGACCAGCAGCGCUGAACAACCGGUGCAUCGUCUGCAACAAACAGUACCCUACCUGGCUGCCUCUUCUAAAGCAUAUGCGAAGACAUGAUCCAGUCCCGACAGAUCCCAGGUACUUUGAAGGUUCCCGUCUGCCGAACCGAAACUACCAGUGCAUCGUCUGCGGCAAGGAGACUAGCGAAAAGGCAUCUUUACGCGACCACUAUUGCACCCACGCCACGACCUCCAAGUUCAAGUGUCCCGCUUGUCGAAGGCGGUUUAAGUCCUCCUAUAAAUUCUUGCAACACUACAGGCACUGCCACAAGAGCGAAAAGUUCACGUGCGGCCUGUGUCAAUACACUUGUCGCCACAAGCUUACUCUUAAGCGCCACUUGCUACGACAUGCAGGGCAUGAUGGGAAAGAAACGUGCGAGGUCUGCUUUAAGCGAAUUGUUUCUGAGCACCUUCCAAGUCACUACCUCAUACACACCGGCGAGAAGCCCUUUCAAUGUGAAACAUGCCAUAAACGGUUCAGAUCCAGGCAUCCCUUUCAGUGUCACGUUAAAAAGGUGCACCUGGGUAUGAAGCCAGCGCCCUGCGAGUCUCAACAUUGCCCAGUAUGUGGAGCGAGGACGACAAGAGCACAUUACGAAGCCCAUAUUAGACGUCACACGGAUGAACCGACCGACAUUUGCAGUAUCUGCAGCAAAAGGUUUUAUGAAUCAUCCAUGUACGUGAGGCACAUGAAGAGGGUGCACAUACGUGAGAAGACGCGUAAGUGUCCCGUUUGCGGUAAGGCGUUUUAUGGUCAGAAUGAUGUGACGCAGCACGUGAAAGUGCACCUGGACGAGAUGCCCUUCAAGUGCACAGUGUGCGGAAAGGCCUUCAAGUGGAAACAUAAGAUCGGAGACCAUAUGAAGACUCACAGUGAAGAGAGACCUUUCAAGUGCGACCUUUGCGGGGAAGCCUUCAAGUGGAAGCAUAACUUGGCCAAUCAUGUCAGGGCAAUACAUAAGUAGGCCCUCGCGUUUUCGGGUUUUAUGUCUUUGGAAAGUCUGGGAUAAACAUCGGGUUUUAUUUUA